AUGUCCACCAAUGUCGGAUCUGACACCAGCAAGACCGACAGGCAUGCAUUUGAUAUCGUGAACACCGCCCAGAGCAUCACAACUGCCCUUGACGAGAAGACUGCCACCCACAUGGACAAUGAGAAAUUUGACACGGAGGCUGCACCGGAGCAAGAACCCGGCCCGGAGGAUGUAUACCGGACAGCGUCUACCGUGGCACCGUCUCAAAGGUCAGCCCAAAGAGACCCCGUUAGUCGAGUGACUACCGAUGCUGAAGGGAACACCUACCCGGAGGGAGGCCUCGAAGCAUGGUUGGUAGUGCUGGGCAGCUUCUUCGGUCUCUUUGGUUCGCUGGGCCUGGUCAACACCAUUGGCACCUUCCAAGCGUAUCUCCAAACCCACCAGCUGAAGGAAUACGCCUCAGGAGCCAAUGGUUGGAUUUUUGGAAUGUUUGCCUUUCUCACUUUCUUCUGUGGAGUGCAAAUCGGCCCCAUCUUUGAUGCUCGAGGCCCCCGCCUUCUCGUCUUUGCGGGUUCAGUAUUUGAAAUGGCCAUGAUCAUCCUCCUCGGCUUUUGCACUAAAUACUGGCACUUUAUGCUGGUCAUUGGUGUACUGGGUGGGGUAGGAGCUUCUCUCAUAUUCACACCGGCGAUCUCGGCGGUUGGACAUUAUUUCUAUGAGAAACGCGGAGUCGCAACUGGAAUUGCUGCUACGGGUGGCUCUGUUGGGGGCAUCGUUUUCCCUCUCAUCUUAGAAGACCUCUUCCCCAAGAUUGGCUGGGCCUGGGCCACUCGGGUUGUCGCGUUGAUCUGCCUAACUGUGCUAUCAAUCGCAAAUCUCUUAAUCAGGUCUCGACUUCCACAGAAGCCCUUUUCCAAGGAGAACGUGCUUCCUGACUUCCGCAUAUUCCGUGACCCGCGGUUCGCACUUACUACCGCGAGCGUCUUUUUUAUUGAGUGGGGUCUUUUCGUGCCAAUUAGCUACAUCUCAUCCUACGCCCUCGACCACGGUUUCUCCACCACGUUCUCGUACCAGAUCAUUGCUAUCUUGAAUGCCGGAUCAUUCUUUGGACGAUGGUUGCCCGGCUUCUUUGCCGAUUACCUUGGCCGCUUCAACGCCUUGAUAGCGACAGUAGCGUUCUGCGUGCUCUGUAACGCCUGCCUGUGGCUUCCUGCCGGAGAUAACCUGCCUCUGCUAAUCGUUUACGCUGCUCUGUUUGGGUUCUCAAGCGGUAGCAAUAUCAGCCUGACGCCAGUCUGCGUCGGCCAGCUCUGCAAAACCGAGAACUAUGGCCGGUAUUACGCAACUGCCUAUACCAUAGUGAGCUUCGGGUGA